GAGCCCAGAGGCGGAAUCGAACCGCCGACCCCGUUCUUACCAAGAACGUGCUCUACCGCUGAGCUAUCUGGGCUGGUUUAUUUGGGUGGGCGGGUGUUAGUUCAGGUGGUGGAGGGGGCAGGAUUCGAACCUGCGAAGCCCGUCAGGGCGCCAGAUUUACAGUCUGGUGGUUUUAACCACUCACCCACCCCUCCAAAUUUGAUCGGUUUAUUGUGUCUCCGUAACCGGCUAACUAUGAUUUGAAGAGCCCCAGAGGGGACUCGAACCCCUAACCUGCCGAUUACAAAUCGGCUGCGCUACCAUUGCGCCAC